AGAAACUUUGCAGUAAGCAGUUGAACAUCGGCUUUUAGGGUCAACAUUCGUUUUAUAGCGACCCUGUGUGACAAAUUUUUAACAUUAUGUAUAGUUUUGUGUGUUAGGAUGUGUUUAUGAGUGUGUGUGAGUGUUGUGAUGUGCCUUGGAAAAUGUGGGAUAAGUUUUUCUCGAAGUCUGUGAGAAAAAAGCUUUAGGUCACCAUGUCAACGGGCAGCUGUUCAGGCCCGGGAAUCUGUGGGGGAGCGAGACGAAGGCCACCCCCACCUCCUGAGCCGGCGCUGUCCCUGGCAGCAGACCUGAGCGAGUUGAGUCUAGAUCAGGGAUACCAUACCCUAGCAGACUGCGGCCCACCGAGACGGAGGCGCGAUAAUAGCUUGAGUGAUACGCUCUGGAUGAAGAUAUUAUCGUAUUUAGAGGUAUCAGACUUGUGCCGAAUGUCCCGGGUGUGUCGGAGAUGGUCCCGUUUCGUGAACAGACUGUUGGCUCGACCUGAACCCUGGCGGAGAAUCCGUGCAGCUGGUCCAUUAGAGAUUGCUGCCAGAUGCGCUGGAGCCAGAGCCGGAUUAUGUGCUGGAUCCGUUAGAGAAUGGAGGAUGAAGAAUACUGCGGUAUCAGUAGCGGGCGCUCAAUUAGUGGCUGCUACGUUUAGAAAUCUGACACAUCUGGCUCUCACCGGUUCAACGAGUAUGGACGCGAGAUCAUUAGCUCCGCUAAUAACGGAUCUGAUGGAUUUACGGCAUUUGGAUCUUACUGGGUGCCUAAACGUCGACUGGCCGGAAUGGGCCUGGCUAGAAAGUCGGCUAGCAGCGCGACGCCCUCCAGUGGAAUACAUAGACCUCACUGACUGCAGUUCAGUAACAGAUGCAGGUCUCUGCGCUUUACUUCACACCUGUCCGUCUCUUCAGUACUUAUAUCUAAGGAGGUGUACUCUAGUCACUGACGCAGGCGUGCGGUGGGUGCCAUCGUAUUGCGCAUUGAAAGAAUUAAGCAUGUCUGACUGUACGGGUGUGACAGACUUCGGCUUGUACGAGUUGGCUAAGCUUGGCCAAGCACUGCGCUACCUCUCUGUUGCCAAAUGUUCCCAGGUUUCAGAUUCGGGUAUACGAACAUUGGCAAGGCGGUGUUAUAAGCUGCGGUAUUUAAAUGCCAGAGGAUGUGGUGCUCUUGGAGAUGAUGGAGUGGAAGCCAUCGCAAGGGGCUGUUCCAGGCUUAGAGCGCUCGAUCUGGGUGCUACUGACGUAUCUGAAAAUGGACUGCAGAUCCUGGCCCGAUGUUGUCCAAACCUCAAGAAACUCGCCCUUCGAGGCUGCGAGCUGGUAGGAGACGAUGGCUUAGAAGCCGUGGCCUACUACUGUCGUGGUCUUACACAACUCAACAUUCAGGACACACCCGUGACUUUGCGCGGAUAUAGGGCAGUGAAAAAGUACUGUAAGCGAUGUGUUAUUGAACACACGAAUCCUGGAUUUUGUUAACUAAUGUUUCUGAACGUUUUAUUGUGAAAUACUUGGUGCUUUAUUUGUCAAUAUGUAUUAUAUAUUUGUAGAUAUUUUUCCUAGGUGUAAAUAUUUGUAAAUGUAAUUUUAAAUAUAUUUCGUAUGUAUAAUAAUACAAUAUUUAUGAAAAGUUAAAUAUUAAGGUUGAUAUAAAUAUUUUUGGAUUAAUGAAAUAUUUACUUUAACUAUGUUUAAGUCUAUAGAAACAAUUUAAACGUUUGAAAUAUAUCCGUAUGAAAAACGCAUUGGAAGACUGGAAUUGUACUGUUUUGUACUUAUUACAAUUUUUUUAUACAAUCUGUAUAGUUUUCUAUUACUUCCAAAUACUUGCAAAUCGUUUUUCAAACAAAAGAUUAUUUCUCUAUUAUGAUAGUCGAUUGUGUCUUUGAUUAACCUUAUCGAUAAUCUAUUCAAAUGAUUAUAUACAAUUUGUAAAUAGUGAUUUAAGGAAAUUCAUAGGUAUAAAAUUUAUCGACUUAGGGUUCAAGAAAUGACCGUUUCAAUUCUUAAAAAGGUUGACAACGCAUUCGCGAGCUAUCUGUAAUUGAUUGUGCAUUGGCAGCACCUAACAUCUACAGGCUACGCCUGUGUGUAGCUAACCCUUAUUCAGAAAAAAAUGAGUGAAACUUUUGGUGUGAAAGCAAAAUUUUCCUCACAAUAACAAUGUUGUGUAAGAAGGGUCUGGUAAUCAUGGCUUGGUAACUUUUUACGAUAACAAGCUUUCCUUUUCCGGACAUUAUAAUUUGCUUAGCUUGCAAAUACUUCUGACGUGCUAUUUAUUCCAUAUUAAAAGUUUAUUUUUAAACUACUAAUUCUGUCCAGUAACUAUUUAGCAUAAGUGUAAAGUUCUGUAUAUAUUAAAUAACAAAGAAUCAAAGUCAAAAUAGCAUUGAGAUAGCAAUUGUACAGUUAAGAACGUCACAGAAUAUAACAUUUAUAUUCACUGUCAAUAUAAAAUAUAAAUAAUAAUAAAAUUGUUGAAUAGACAUGAAAUAUAAGAUAUAAAAAUUGUCAACAUAUAAGAUAUAAACACUGUCAACAUAAAAUAUAAACACAAUACUAAAAAACUCUUUAAUAUGUUCCGAUUUAAACACGCUUUUAGUCGAAGUCGUAUAGCCGCCAUUAUUUAUUUUAUUUUAUUUAUUUAUGUAUUUUUAUUUUCAUUAUGUACUAGCCG